AUGGCUGGUUUCAGCCGCAUCGGCUUCAUGGCUAUUGCGGUCGCUUUCCAUUUGGUCUAUAUCUUUUCCAUCUUCGACAUUUACUUUGUCAGCCCGAUUGUCUCAGGCAUGCGAUUGUUCAAUGUUGAGCGUACAGACGAUUCUCCAAAGGCUCCUGCAGAUCGCCUUGUGCUAUUUGUUGGCGACGGUUUGCGGGCCGACAAGGCAUUUCAAGCUCACCCCGAACCAUACCCCGAGUCCGAUGAAGACCUCGUCCCUCGUCCGCUAGCGCCUUACCUUCGCUCCCGAGUGCUUGAGCAUGGAACUUUUGGCGUAUCACAUACUCGUGUGCCAACGGAAUCCCGACCCGGCCAUGUGGCCCUCAUUGCCGGCUUGUAUGAGGAUGUAUCUGCCGUUGCGACAGGAUGGAAAAUGAACCCGGUCAAUUUCGAUAGCGUUUUCAACCGCAGCCGACAUACCUGGAGUUGGGGAAGCCCCGAUAUUCUGCCAAUGUUCCAACAUGGGGCUGUUCCGGGGAGGGUGGAUGCCUUUGCAUAUGGAGCUGAGCUUGAGGAUUUCUCUAAAGAUGCUACGGAGCUUGAUUACUGGGUGUUCGACCAUGUCAAGGACUUCUUCGCCGCUGCAGCGACGAACGAGACCCUCAAUACUGCUCUUCGCGAGGACAAGGUGGUCUUCUUCCUCCAUCUGCUAGGUCUGGAUACUACUGGGCACUCUUACCGGCCUUACUCUAAAGAGUACCUGCACAAUAUAAAGGUAGUUGAUCAAGGUGUGAAGGAGAUGGUCGAGCUCAUCGAGGGCUUCUAUGCCGAUGACCGGACUGCAUUCGUCUUCACAGCCGACCACGGCAUGACAGACUGGGGUAGUCAUGGCGAUGGACACCCUAACAAUACCAGAACUCCUCUCAUAUCGUGGGGUUCGGGAGUCGCCACUCCCGAGUUGCAUCCGGACAGUAUUGCCCCUGGUCAUGAUGAGUACUCUUCAGACUGGAAUCUGGAUCAUGUUCGGAGACAUGAUGUUGCUCAGGCUGAUGUUGCGGCGUUGAUGUCGUAUCUCAUCGGCGCCGAGUUUCCAGCGAACGGUGUGGGCCAACUCCCUUUGGACUUCCUAUCUGCGAACAUAAAAGAAAAAGCACAAGCUUCCCUGGUCAACGCUCAGGUCAUCCUUGAGCAAUACCGUAUAAAGGAAGAGAGCAAGAGGAACGUAGAGCUCCGCUAUCAGGCCUACGGACCUCUGAUUAAUGAGAACCUUGGCCCUGAGCAGCGCAUUGCUCACAUUCGCUCUUUGAUCGACGCUGGCCAAUUUGAGGAGGCAAUUGAAGAAUCAGACGCUCUGAUGGAAGUUGGGCUUCAGGGGCUUCGCUACCUUCAGACUUAUGACUGGCUGUUCCUACGUGCUUUGAUCACUGUUGGUUAUUUGGGAUGGAUGACCUAUGCGACCACCACUGUCCUUUCCUUAUAUGUGGUUCAGGAGAGCAUUCCUCCUCAACGCACAUUGCUUGGAUCGGCGUUUUUUUCCUCAGUACUUGUUGCUCUUUACUCAUCCUUCGUUGUCUCUAAAUCCCCACUUGCAUACUAUCUGUAUGCAUUUUUUCCUGUUUUGUUUUGGGAAGAGGUAUAUGCUAGAAGAGCCAGUGUUGCCAAAGGUUUCAAGACUCUGUUUGGUAAUGUCAAGUCAGGUGGCGCGGUUGCAGCGCUGAUUUUCAACGUUAUCCUCUAUUUCGGUAUCAUCCAGUCUCUGGCCAUUGGAUACAUUCAUCGUGAAGUCCUGACGGGGCUCUUCGUCUUGGGUGCUUUUUGGCCAACGACGAUGGGCGUUUCAUUCUUGAAGUCUCAUGUAUUCUUGACCCUCUUGUGGUUCUUUUCUUGCUUGGCUAUGAGUACUUUCACUCUUCUGCCUGCGAUGAAGGUCGAAGAUGUAUCUCUAAUGCGUCUUCAUACAAGUCGGACGCUCCUUGGUGCUCAAAUUGGACUUAUCGUACUUGCGAUGCUCGUCACGCACUCCAGUGCCACUUCACUGCAAGCCAAGCUCGGUCUUCCAAGGGGUAACCAAGUAGUCGGCUGGGUCGUCUUGGUCGUGUCGCUCCUCAUGCCCUUGGCAUAUCGGCUACAGCCUAACAGCCACUACAUGCAUCGCCUUGCAAUCAUCUUCCUAACCUGCGCACCUACGUUCAUCAUCUUGACAAUUUCAUAUGAAGGUCUGUUCUAUGUGGCCUUCAGCGUCACUUUAUUGGCUUGGGUGCGCCUCGAGUACGCGGUACAUGCAUUCUCAAAGGCCGAGGCCCAGAACGAGGCAGCUGUCGCUGAGCAGCAAAAACGUAAAUUGAGUACAUUUCGGCCAUUGACUCUCUCAGAUGCACGGAUAGCACUAUUCUUUAUGGUUCUGCUACAGUCAGCCUUCUUCAGUACCGGCAAUAUUGCUUCCAUCUCAUCUUUUAGCCUGGAAAGUGUAUCGAGGCUCAUCCCAGUGUUUGAUCCUUUCUCGCAGGGCGCAUUGCUGAUUCUCAAGAUCAUUAUUCCAUUUUUCCUGAUAUCAGCGAACUUGGGAGUUCUAAACAAGAGAUUAGGUGUUGCACCAUCUGCGCUCUUCAUGGUCGUCCUCACAGUCAGUGAUGUUUUGACACUCUACUUUUUCUGGGUUGUGAAAGAUGAGGGUUCAUGGCUGGAAAUUGGCUCAACGAUCACGCAUUUUGCAAUCGCCAGUUUCUUGUGUGUGUUUGUUGCGGCACUUGAGCUGGUGAGUGCGGCAUUCAUUGUCGGCAUUGAAGUCGAACAUGAACGACCGGCUGUCGACAAUGGCAUCAAGCCCGAGACAAACGGUAAGGUUCCGUCCAAGACACUUGCAGAGUAG